UGUCCUGAAUUCCUUCAGUGAUGAACUGUGCUGUGGAAGUGUGAGUCCUAUAAACCUCUCAACUUGCUUUUCAGUUGUAGUGUUUCACCACAGCAAUAGAUACCCGAUGAUAGGAUUGUGGCCUUUGUGGCCAUAAAUUCUUAGUGUUCAUAGAGGAAAUUUGUCACAUAGUAAGACUCUUUGCAGACGUAAUGAAGGGUACUAAUCAACUAACACUGAGAUAAUGAGGCUGACCUGGAUUCAGGUGGUCCACCCAUAUGAUCAGAAUUCUGUGUGAAUCUAUCUCCAGCUGAUACCAGAGAGCUGGAGAGGUUAGAAACAUGAGUUUUCAAUGUAUUCUUUUUGCCUUAGGAGGAGCCAGGAGCCAAGAAUGAAGGUGGCUUAUUGUUAUACCCGGAGCGUUAAACCUGGGCCUGCUUGUCUAAUGCUUAUGAGAACACCACAAAGACUUUUUUUCAGCUAUAUAAUUUAGUUUUACAUAAAAUUAGAACAUCUAGCAAUUGUCUGAAGUACCAAGUGAAGAAAUUAUAAAACUGUUGUUCAGAUACUUAAAUAACUGGGGAGUGAAGGUAAAGCUUUGAGGUUGAUAAGUAACAGCUGUAUCCAAAGAUGCAUCUUGGCACCAGAUGUCUUGUUUAUUCCGUGGUGUUUGUGUGAAGCCUCAGAAGACUGAUCACAGAGCUUCAGGAGGUUUAUUUUAGUUUUGGCUAUAAGUACUAUAAACUAGUUGGCACAUCAACUUCCACAUUUUUUCUCCAUUGAGCUGCUUACAACAUUUGUGGGUCAGUGACAGAAUUGGGGCUGGAUCCUGCCUGUGAUGGUUCUAAAAUUUUCCACCGGGCAUCUGCUGUCCUCAUUCCAGCCUCACUCUGGCUUUUGAUCUGGUAAGUGUAUGUGUACUGUGGGUGUGCAUACACAUGUGUGGAUGUAUGUUGACUUCAGGAGUUCUCUUAAGUCACUUUCCACUUUAUUUUUGGAAACAAGGUCUCUUUUUAAAUGGAAUGUUUGGGAAAGAUCACGAGGUAUACAUGGCCUUUUUACAAGAGGUGUGUCACUUGGGGUGGGUUUGAGAUUUCAGCAGACUCUAGCCAGUCCCAGUGUGUCUUUCUCUUUCUGCUUCCAACUGUCAGGUCAAGAUACAAGCUCUCAGCUGUUCCUGCCCCAAUGACUUUGUUUUGCCAUUGUGGACUCUAACCUUCUGAAACUUAUCCACUUCCAACUACUGAAGAAUGGGGGACAUGGAAGGGACAUACAGAGCUUUACCGACUUCAGGAACACGCCUGGGUGGCCAGACUUCUGUUGGAGUGAGCACCCUGGAACCGGAGCAGACCCUCUCACCCAGGAUGCAGGAGAAGCACCUGCACAUCAGAGUGAGACUGCUAGAUGGUACUGUGGAAGUAUUUGACAUUGAGCCUAAGUGUGAUGGACAGGUCUUACUGACACAAGUGUGGAAGCAUUUGAACCUGAUUGAAUGUGACUACUUUGGUCUGGAGUUUAAGAAUGUCCAGUCCUACUGGAUUUGGCUUGAACCCAUGAAGCCCAUCAUUAGGCAAGUACGAAGGCCAAAGAAUUCAGUUCUUCGUGUGGCAGUGAAGUUUUUCCCUCCGGACCCUGGUCAGUUGCAGGAAGAGAACACAAGGUACCUGUUUGCCUUGCAACUCAAGAGAGACCUCCUGGAAGAGCGCCUGAGCUGUGCUGCCACCACCGCAGCCCUUCUCACGUCCCACCUUCUGCAGGCGGAGAUAGGAGAUUAUGAUGAAGCCCUGGAUCGAGAACACCUCAAAGCCAAUGAGUACUUGCCCAACCAGGAGAAAUCCUUGGAAAAGAUCCUAGACUUCCAUCAGAGGCACACGGGUCAGACACCCGCAGAAUCGGAUUUCCAGGUGCUGGAGAUCGCAAGGAAGUUGGAAAUGUAUGGGAUCAGAUUUCACACAGCUUCUGAUAGAGAAGGAACCAAGAUUAAUCUUUCAGUUUCUCACAUGGGUGUCCUCGUGUUCCAGGGAACCACCAAAAUCAACACUUUCAACUGGUCCAAGGUCCGGAAACUAAGCUUCAAGAGGAAAAGGUUUCUUAUCAAACUCCAUCCAGAAGUUCACGGACCCUACCAGGACACAUUAGAGUUCUUGUUGGGCAGCAGAGAUGAAUGUAAGAACUUCUGGAAGAUAUGUGUGGAAUACCACACCUUUUUUAGGCUUUCUGAUCAGCCUAAGCCAAAGGCAAAAGCUGUCUUCUUCAGCCGGGGCUCAUCCUUCAGAUACAGCGGAAGAACUCAGAAACAACUAGUAGAUUAUGUCAAAGACGGCGGGAUGAAGAGAAUUCCAUAUGAAAGGCGGCACAGUAAGACUCGGACAUCUCUUCAUGCUCUGAGUAUAGAUCUGCCUAAACAGAGCAUCUCACUCACCGAUGGCUUGAGAACUUCUGCCUCGCUGUCUUCAGCAAAUGCCUCCUUUCAUGCACUCCCUGCUUCCUCUUUGUCCCCUCCUGGUGUGCCCAGCUUGAAGGACAGCAGCAGUUCCCUUGUGGAUCCCCAGGCUUCCUCCAUCAGGAACACAACAGCCGAGAGGAGCAGCAGAGCAUCAUCGUCUGAAGGCCCCAGCACUCAGUCAGCGCAUCUCCCUGGACCCCCUGUGCUCCAGCCUGGUCCAGGCUUUUCUGUGGAUAGUCCUCAGCCUUCUCCCUGCAGCCAGAAGCGCCACCUGAGCCUGAGCCCUGAGCCUCAGGCCUCUCUGAGCACAGCUGAGCAGGGCCCAUCCCCUGUUCUAAGCCCUGUCCUCAGUACUGCCAGGACGGACAACCAGGAAGACCAGAGACACAAGCACAUGCCAGAAGACAAGGCCUAUUUCAUAGCCAAGGAGAUUCUCGCUACAGAACGAACCUAUCUGAAGGAUUUAGAAGUUAUUACUGUGUGGUUCCGAAGUAUGGUGAUCAAGGAGGACGCCAUGCCUGCUGCCCUGAUGACCCUGCUCUUCUCCAACAUUGACCCAGUCUACGAAUUCCACAGAGGCUUCCUGCACGAGGUGGAGCAGAGACUGGCACUGUGGGAGUUGCCCUCCAGUGCCCAAUUAAAGGGUGAUCAUCAACGAAUUGGGGACAUCCUCCUCAGGAACAUGCGUCAGCUAAAGGAGUUUACCAGCUACUUCCAAAGACACGACGAGGUCCUCACAGAACUGGAAAAGGCCACAAAGCACUGUAAAAAGCUGGAGGCUGUCUACAAAGAGUUUGAACUCCAGAAGGUCUGCUACCUGCCUCUCAACACAUUCCUGCUGAAGCCGGUCCAGAGGCUCGUACACUACCGCCUGCUGCUGAGCCGUCUGUGUGCGCACUACUCCCCUGGACACCGUGACUAUGCCGACUGCCACGAGGCACUGCAGGCCAUCACAGAAGUGACCACCAGGCUCCAGCACAGCCUUACCCGGCUAGAAAACCUGCAGAAGCUGACCGAGCUCCAGCGGGACCUGCUCGGCGUAGAGAACCUCAUCGCUCCUGGAAGGGAGUUCAUCCGGGAGGGUUGCCUUCACAAGCUCACCAAGAAGGGCCUGCAGCAGAGGAUGUUUUUUCUGUUCUCAGAUAUGUUGCUGUAUACAAGCAAGAGUGUCACAGGGGCCAGUCAUUUCCGAAUCCGUGGCUUCCUUCCUCUAUGCGGCAUGCUGGUGGAAGAAAGCGAGAACGAAUGGUCUGUUCCUCACUGCUUCACCAUCUACACAGCUCAGAAAACAAUCGUGGUAGCAGCCAGCACUCGGCUAGAAAAGGAAAAGUGGACACAGGACCUGAAUGCCGCGAUCCAGGCAGCCAAGAGUGUUGGUGACACAUCCCCAGUGCUGCUGGGAGGCCCAGUGUGUACUCGAAUCCCCAGGUCUUCCGAUGAGGUCUCUCUGGAGGAACCAGAAGAUGUUCGAGGAACCCGGGGCUCCCUGGAAGGGAGCAGCCAGCACCGGGCCAACACCACAAUGCACGUGUGCUGGUACCGCAACACAAGUGUGUCCAGAGCAGACCACAGUGCAGCCGUUGAGAACCAGCUCUCGGGAUAUCUGCUGAGAAAGUUCAAGAACAGCAAUGGCUGGCAGAAGCUCUGGGUGGUCUUCACCAACUUCUGCUUGUUCUUCUAUAAAACUCAUCAGGAUGACUACCCCCUGGCCAGUCUCCCACUAUUGGGCUACAGCGUGAGCCUCCCCAGGGAAACUGACGGCAUCAGCAAAGACUACGUCUUCAAGCUCCAAUUCAAAUCUCACGUCUACUUCUUCCGGGCUGAGAGCAAGUACACAUUUGAAAGGUGGAUGGAAGUCAUUGAAAGGGCCAGCAGCUCACCGGAGAGACCCCCAAGUUUCGCCCAGGACUGCUCCCAUCUCUCUCCAGGGCUGGAGGCAGAGGUCAGAGAGAAGGAGGAAUGUCCUUCAGCCUGCAUGGACAAGAACCUAUGACCGAGGCCUGCAGGGAGUGUAGGUGUCAUUCCCAGAGCUGAGCAAUGAGAGCCGUCAUCCCACCACAUGGUGGGUGGCACUGCCGACCUCUAGGAGGGGCUCUGCCCUGCCCCAAACUCCAGUGAAGGCUCGUGGUGACUGGAACACGUGUCUGAGAUCCAGGAAAAGGAAAGCAGGGUUCCUCGGUUUGUUCUGAGUGCAGCCUGGUGGAGGACUGGCCGGAAGCCUCUACCUGUAGCACCGAUAGCCAAAUCCACAUUGCCUUAGUCAAGCACUAUACUCAGGCUUAUGUGAUAAGCUCAGGGUCAGCCUCCAGAUCAUAGCAGACAGGACUGCAGCAAAAGCUACUCUGGUUCCCAUCCCCACACACAGUCUAGACAAGAGGAAACCAAAGACCCCACCACCACCACCAAGGCCUGGGAGGGUGGAGCCUCUCCUUAUUAGUUCCUAGUAUUUCUCACCAACUAGGGCAGGCCUAUGACUCCUAUUCACUUAUGUGACUUAAAAUAAAAGGACAUAACCCCA